AAGUGUAGAUUUUAAUAAUAAGGUGGGAGGAGAGAAAGAGAAAGAGAAAGAGAAGGAAGCAAAAAGAUGGUAUUGGGGUGUUAACAAGGAGAAGCAAUAAGCUGUUGUUGUUAAUAAUGUUCAUCGAGAUGCGAGCCGUUUCCUCCGCUGCGAAGGGAAAGGGGGAGGGAACCUUCUCCGUACUCCUCCGUUUCCUUCUUUUGAUUCUCAUACUUUUCCGCAUAUAAUCUUCUUCUUCUUCUUCUUCUUCUUCUUCUCUGUUUCUUGAUAUGUGCGAUUCGUUGUCGUUUUGGAUGGUUGUGGUGGGGUGUUCUCGGAGUGUGCCCCUGUUGUGAUGCUCGAAUCGGUCGCCGGAUGCAUUCUUGACGACUCCGGAAUCGGUUAACUACUGAGGAUUAUCUAGGGUUUUGCUCGUUCUUGUUCUUCUUGUGGAGUUCUGUGAUUAAAUCUAAAAGUGGAAUUCUUGUUUUUCGUUGUUGUAAAUAGUGUAUGAGAUUUGUGCAAUCAAUCUUAGGGCUUUUUUGGUGGUAGGUGUUGUGGAUUUCCUCCUCCCAUAUAUUUUGUGAUUCUUGGAGGCUUAAAAGGGAAAACAAUAACCAGAGUCAGUGUGCGAGGGCGUAAAAGAGUUUUGAAAACACAUCCGAAUCACCCACCAUUUUUAUUGUGGGGUUUAUCGAUUUUUCACUUGUAUUGAUUUUCUUUUUUGAUUUGUUUUACACUCAAGUAUUUGGGUAAUUCGGGUCUGAGGUUGGAGAUAUUUUGUUUCGUCUAAUUUUGUGAAAAAAAGAGAGUAAGAUACUAAAUUUAGAAGAGGAGGAGGGGGAGGAGGUAUACGAAUCUGAUAGGGUCAUUGUUGUUUUAUGGGAAUAACUGAGAGUUCACCAUUAGAUCUCAUACAGAAAGUUAGGUCUUGGAUUUCUUGGGUAGCAAGUGAACAGCGGUGUUUGUCCAGGAACUUUAACAUGUCUGAUAAGGGUUGCAAGAUGUGUUGUGAGUGCAAAGCAAGUCUUGCUGAGAUUUCUCAUAGAUACCACUGCCAAAGCUGUGGCGGGUGGUUGUGUGGUAAAUGUAUUCGGGGCUAUGAAAUUGUGGUUGAGGAAUCGGAUAGUGUGAAGAGCAAGGCUGAGGGUGGUGGGGGGACUAUCAAGUCCUGCAAGUCUUGUUCUAAUGGUGCGAGGCGUGAAGGUGGGAGGAAGUGUAGUGAGAAAGUACAUCCUUCUGCCUCUCCCCAAGAGAGCCCCCGAGAAAGCCCCGAACCACCAUCCCCUUAUUUUAGUGAAGGAAUCAGUUGUUCCAUGAAUAGCGAAUCGAUUCACAGUGAUCACCUCGCCCACUAUCUUGAAACCAGGGAGUAUGGGUAUUCUCCCCAUGCAAUGACCAGCAGGAGCAUGACCUCUUUUAGUGAUCACCCAUCUCCUGUAUCCGUUCGUCACUCUCCCUGCAGGAGCGAUGAAGAUGAGGCAGAGGAUUCUGGGAAGCAAUUUUUCAGCCCAUCAAGUGAGUACUGUCGUGACAACUCAGAUAUAGAGUCAAGUAGUCUUAGUGCUGGACGUGAUUUUUACAGUUUUAGGUCGGUGGGAUCAAGUCCUUCAGACAGCCCCUCUAGGAUUAAUUUUACUUCUAGAAGAGUUGGGCAUUCUGUACAGCAGGGGCAAGAGGGAAGCCCUAUUUCUCAGAAUGAUGGUCCCUUUAAUCAAGAAGCCAUGGCUGUUUUGAGAAAGCCUGAUUUAGGGUCUGAGGAUCCAGAUAACAAUGAUGAUUGCUCGGAUGACUUGUCAAUUUUUCGAAGCCAGUAUGAGAAGUCUCAAAGGCCAUUGGAUUUUGAAAACAAUGGUCACAUCUGGUUUCCGCCACCGCCUGAUGAUGAAAAUGAUGAGGCGGAGAGUAAUUUCUUUGCAUACGACGAUGAAGAUGAUGAUAUUGGGGAUUCAGGUGCAAUGUUCUCAUCUAGUAGCAGCCUUCCUAGUAUGUUUCCAGCAAAGGAAAAGCAGAACGAGGGUAAUAAGGAACCUCUUAGGGCUGUAGUACAGGGGCAUUUUAGGGCUCUGGUGUCACAGCUCUUACAGGGGGAAGGUAUUAAAGUGGGCAAAGAGAAUGGUGCUGAGGACUGGCUUGACAUUGUUACAUCAAUAGCAUGGCAAGCAGCAAACUUUGUUAAACCAGAUACUAGCAGAGGAGGCAGCAUGGAUCCUGUUGCUUAUGUAAAGGUUAAAUGUAUAGCAUCAGGAAGCCCAAGUGAGAGCACCCUCAUAAAGGGAGUCGUUUGUACCAAAAAUAUAAAGCAUAAGCGCAUGACCUCACAAUACAAAAGUCCUAGGUUACUCCUUUUAGGAGGAGCACUCGAAUAUCAGAAAGUUCCUAACCAGUUAGCAUCAUUUGAUACAUUACUACAGCAGGAAAAUUAUCAUCUCAAGGUGAUUAUUUCAAAGAUUGAGGCUCUGCGACCAAAUGUUCUGUUGGUAGAAAAAAGUGUAUCUUCAUAUGCCCAGGAUCAGCUGCUAGCGAAGGAAAUCUCAUUAGUGCUGAAUGUAAAGAGGUCAUUACUGGAGCGUAUAGCCCGCUGCACUGGUGCUCAUAUUACUCCCUCAGUAGAUAAUAUUUCUACGGCACGGUUGGGACAUUGUGAACUGUUCCGUUUGGAGAGAGUUUCUGAAGAACACGAGUCUACAAAUCAGUUCAACAAAAAACCUUCUAAAACCUUGAUGUUUUUUGAAGGUUGUCCAAGGCGUUUAGGUUGCACGGUCUUGCUGAAGGGCAUAUGUCGUCAAGAACUAAAGAAAGUUAAACACGUUGUUCUAUAUGCAGUGUUUGCAGCCUAUCAUUUAUCUCUUGAGACAUCCUUUCUUGCUGAUGAGGGUGCUAGUCUGCCUAAGAUGACUCUGAAACACUCUAUUUCUGUGCCAGAGAGAACAACGGGUGAUCUUGUUAUUUCUGCAAUCUCCAAUUCUCUUGCUUCAACCUGUUGCCAAGCAGUGGCUGAUGGCUCUGUCCAAGAUGAAGAAGUUGUGGGUUUCAACCUGGAACUUGAAGGAUUGAAAUUAUUGUCUAGGCAUCUUGAUACUGUUCAUCCUUUGUCAACUGGUUCCAUGAACUGUAGGGUUGGAAAUGCACCAGCUAAUGCAUGCUAUGAUGAUUUAGCUUCUAGUGUGGGUUUGGAGUCCUGCUUUUCAGAUCUGUGCAUGGAUUUAAAAGGGCCCACUCCACUUCCUUCUAUUAUCAGAAAUCUUUCCCAACCAGAACCACAGGAAUCUGUGGCCCAAGAGGAGGGGCAAACUGGAGAGAUGAAUGAAUUGAGAAAAUCUGAAAGGGUGGAUGACAAAGAAAUCUCCAGUGAAUACUUUUCAGCCACGGAAACUCAUCAAAGCAUAUUGGUGUCAUUUUCAAGCCAUUGUGUACUGAAAGGAACUGUAUGUGAACGCUCUCGGCUACUGCGCAUAAAGUUCUAUGGCUGUUUUGAUAAGCCUCUGGGGAGAUAUCUUCGUGAUGAUCUGUUUGAUCAGACAUCUUUCUGUCGAUCAUGUAAAGAGCCAGCUGAGGCCCAUGUCGUAUGUUACACCCAUCAGCAGGGAAAUCUUACAAUCAAUGUGAGAUGCCUUCCCUCUUUAAAGCUACCUGGGGAGCAGGAUGGGAAGAUAUGGAUGUGGCACCGAUGUCUAAGGUGUGCCCAUGUAGAUGGAGUUCCACCAGCGACUCGUAGAGUGGUUAUGUCGGAUGCUGCCUGGGGACUUUCUUUUGGAAAGUUCUUGGAACUUAGCUUCUCAAACCAUGCAACUGCUAAUCGUGUUGCCCCUUGUGGUCAUUCAUUGCAAAGGGACUGUCUUCGUUACUAUGGGUUUGGGAGCAUGGUUGCAUUUUUCCGCUAUUCCCCUAUUGAUAUUCUUUCUGUUCAUUUGCCGCCAUCAGUGCUAGACUUCAGUGGCAAUUUGCAACAUGAGUUUACGAGAAAAGAGGCAGUGGAGCUUGUUAGAAAAAUGGAAACCUUGUAUGCGGAGAUAUCUGAUGUACUUGAUAGCCUGGAAGAAAAAUGUAAAUCUUUUAGACAUGAAUGGUCAGACACAAAUGAGUUACAGGACCACAUCAUGGGGCUGAAAGACCUGCUUAAAAAGGAAAGAAAUGAUUACAACGGUUUGCUACAACUGGCCAUUAUGGGGACUUCACAACCAGGCCGGAUGGCUGUUGACAUUCUGGAAUUAAAUCGCUUGAGACGCUCUCUUUUAGUUGGUUCACAUGUUUGGGAUCGGCAGCUUUAUUCAUUGGACUCGCUUCUUAAAAAGAGUUCUAUUGCAAAGACUUCACAAGGGAAUGCAUCUUAUGCCCAGCUGAAAGAGCUGAAAAGUGAUUCAUCUUAUAAGGAUGGCAAUCUUGACUUCGUGCAUGAAGAGAAUAACUCCAAAUCAUCAAAAUUACAGGAACCUCCUGGAAAUGAUUUGCAGUCAGAGAAUGAUAUGCCUAAUUUACCACCCGAUGAACCUUAUAUUGCUGAAGACUCCAUAUUAACCGCUAGUCAUUGUAACAGAGAGGAGGAAAUACAUUCAGAUGGGGAAGUUACUGAAAAUAAGACACUAUCUAAAAGCUUGUCUUCCCAUGUUUCUAAUCUGUCUGAGAGAAUAGAUUCUGCUUGGACAGGUACUAAUCAACUAGUAAUGAAUGCUCAAUCUCUUCAUACAUCACAUGCAGAUGGACUCCAAGCUGGAUGUGACAGGCAGGUUAGUCAAAAUGGCAGUCCUUUUAGAAGGCUUAUGACGCCGAUGAGAGUUAAUUCCUUUGAUUCGGUGUUAAGAUUCCAAGAGAGAAUUCGGAAAGGGUUGCCUCCCUCUUCAUUGCAUUUGUCGACACUUAGAUCUUUCCAUGCUUCUGGAGCUUACAGGAAUAUGGUGAGAGAUCCUGUUUCCAAUAUGACGAGGACUUACUCCCACAUACUGCCACAGGAGAUACAAAAUUUAAAUUUAAUACCUGGUUCCACGACCUCGUUUCUCUCCUCCGCAUCUCAUAUAGCUGAAGGGGCUCGGUUGCUCCUUCCCCAAACUGGCUACAGCGAUAUAGUUAUUGCGGUUUAUGACAAUGAACCUACUAGCAUAAUUUCAUAUGCCCUUAGUUCCAAGGAGUACGUUGACUGGGUGACUAAUAAGUUGAAUGAGCAUGAAGGAAGCUGGAGUCCCCAUGAGAGCAAUAAAGAAGAUUCUGCUGCUUCCACCAUUUCUGCCUGGCAGUCUUUUGGCUCGGUGGAGUUUGAUUAUAUCCACCAUGGUAGUUAUGGAUCUGAAGAUGCUUCGUCAUCUGUGGGUACCCUUUUUAAGGAUCCCAAAAGAUCUCCACAUUUAACAAUUUCUUUUGGGGAUGAGUCAUCGACUGGUGGAAGCAAAUUAAAGUUUUCAGUCACUUGUUACUUUGCCAAGCAGUUUGACUCUCUUAGAAAAAAAUGCUGCCCUAGUGAAGUGGAUUUUGUGCGAUCCUUGAGCCGCUGCCGGAGUUGGAGUGCACAAGGGGGAAAAAGCAAUGUAUAUUUUGCCAAGUCAUUGGAUGAAAGGUUCAUCAUCAAACAAGUUACAAAGAUAGAGUUGGAUUCCUUUGAGGAUUUUGCGCCAGAAUAUUUUAAAUAUUUGACAGAUUCUCUUAGCUCAGGAAGUCCAACUUGUCUUGCCAAAAUUCUUGGUAUUUAUCAGGUCUCUGUUAAACACCUUAAAGGUGGCAAGGAAACAAAAAUGGAUUUGAUGGUGAUGGAGAACCUUUUUUUCAGGAGAAGUAUCUCAAGGGUCUAUGAUCUUAAGGGCUCUUCAAGAUCCCGUUAUAAUCCAGAUACGACAGGGACAAACAAAGUACUGCUGGAUAUGAAUUUGUUGGAAACAUUGCGUACGAAACCCAUAUUUCUUGGAAGUAGGGCAAAGAGAAGCCUAGAAAGAGCUGUCUGGAAUGACACAUCCUUUUUGGCGUCUGUGGAUGUUAUGGACUACUCGCUGCUGGUUGGGGUGGAUGAUGAGCGCAAAGAGCUGGUUUUAGGGAUCAUUGAUUUCAUGAGGCAGUAUACCUGGGAUAAGCAUUUGGAGACAUGGGUGAAGGCAUCUGGGAUACUUGGUGGUCCAAAAAAUGCUUCCCCAACAAUUAUUUCUCCCAAGCAAUACAAGAAAAGAUUCCGGAAGGCAAUGAAUACCUAUUUUCUCACAGUACCUGAUCAAUGGUCUUCAUGAGGUUUCUCUCUUAUUCUUCUUUUUCUUCUUCCUUUUUUUUUUUUUUUUUUUUUUUUAAAAAAAUUUUUAU